AUGCACCUUGGUGUAUUAAACAGAUCUAGAGGUUCUGUGGAUGCUGCAAAUAAUUUACGUGAUAAUCUGACCUCUUAUCACGACAUUAUCUCAACCGAGAGAUGGGAAAUGCGCUUCUUUGGUUUCUUCUUGAGUCUUUGUGAAGCGAACGCAUACAGUUCCUUCAGGGUCUUCUCUGAGGAAGGUGCCUCAAGGGGCCACUCGUCCUUUAAGGAUAAUUUGGCCUUCAACUUGCUUGAACAUUGUAAGAAAUUGAAGUCGAGAUACAAUGAAGUGGCCCAAGGCAGCAACCGAAUGCUUAGAAGUGAUUCUAACCAUUCCUACGUCUCCAUGAGUAAUGCAGGCAACAAAAGAAAGAGAUCGGUAUGCCGUAAAUGCAAAGAAAGCGGCACUAAUGGCAAACGGGUUGAAAAAUUUUGUAGCUGUGACCCCACAAUCCCCUUGUGCUUCGACUGUCAUAAUCAACACUUGAAGGUUGUCUGA